GUUGUGUGCGGCGCGGUGCGGAGCGGAGCGCUGGUUGUCGGCCGAGCGGCGGGACGCUGUCGGGAUGUUCAGCUGGCUGGGGAAGCAGGGCGGCGGGCGGGAGCGCGGCGGCACCGACGUGGUGCAGACGGUGACUGGUGGGCUGCGGGACCUCUACCUCCGUAAGCUGCUGCCGCUGGAGGAGCACUACCGCUUCCAUGACUUCCACUCGCCCGCCCUGGAGGAGGCCGACUUCGAGAACAAGCCCAUGGUGCUGCUGGUGGGGCAGUACAGCACCGGCAAGACCACCUUCAUACGAUACCUGCUCGAACAAGACUUUCCAGGCAUGCGGAUUGGUCCAGAGCCUACCACAGAUUCUUUUAUUGCUGUGAUGUAUGGAGAUGCAGAAGGAAAUGUUCCUGGAAAUGCCCUGGUUGUUGAUCCUAAGAAGCCAUUCCGUAAACUCAGCCGCUUUGGAAAUGCUUUCCUGAACAGGUUCAUGUGUUCUCAGUUACCCAACCAGGUACUGAAGAGCAUCAGUAUCAUUGACAGCCCUGGUAUUCUCUCUGGAGAGAAGCAGCGCAUCAGCAGAGGCUAUGACUUCUGCCAAGUCCUCCAGUGGUUUGCCGAGAGGGUUGAUCGCAUCAUUCUCCUUUUUGAUGCCCAUAAGCUGGAUAUAUCCGAUGAGUUUUCGGAGGCUAUUAAGUCAUUCCGGGGCCAGGAUGACAAGAUUCGAGUGGUGCUUAAUAAGGCUGACCAAGUGGACACGCAGCAGCUGAUGAGGGUCUACGGUGCACUCAUGUGGUCCCUGGGAAAGGUGAUCAACACUCCAGAGGUGCUGCGAGUCUACAUUGGCUCCUUCUGGUCUAAUCCUCUCCGAAACACAGAGAAUCGAAGACUCUUUGAAGCCGAGGCACAGGAUCUUUUCAAGGAUAUCCAGGGGCUCCCGCAGAAGGCUGCUGUGCGCAAACUCAAUGAUCUCAUUAAGAGGGCAAGACUCGCAAAGGUUCAUGCUUAUAUCAUCAGCUAUCUGAAAAAAGAAAUGCCUUCUGUAUUUGGAAAAGAGAACAAGAAGAAGGAACUGAUCAGCAGAUUACCAGAGAUCUACAUCCAGCUGCAAAGGGAAUACCAUAUCUCAGCAGGAGACUUCCCUGAAGUCAAGAAAAUGCAGGAGUUGCUGGAGAAUUAUGACUUCACUAAAUUUCAUUCUUUGAAACCAAAGCUAAUUGAAGCUGUGGAUAACAUGCUAGCCAACAAAAUUGCCUCCCUGAUGAACCUGAUCAGACAAGAAGAGAGCAAUAUGCCCACAGAGAUUGUACAUGGUGGAGCAUUUGAUGGCACCAUGGCAGGACCUUUUGGCCAUGGAUAUGGAGAAGGUGCUAAGGAAGGAGCUGAUGAAGAGGAAUGGGUUGUUGCCAAAGAUAAACCUGCUUAUGAUGAGAUUUUCUACACUCUGUCACCUAUCAAUGGCAAAAUAUCAGGGAUUAGUGCAAAGAAGGAGAUGGUGACUUCAAAACUGCCCAACAGUGUCUUGGGGAAGAUCUGGAAACUUGCAGACUGUGAUGGUGAUGGCAUGUUGGAUGAUGAAGAGUUUGCAUUAGCAAAACAUCUCAUCAAGAUUAAACUGGAUGGAUAUGAACUGCCUGGCACACUACCUUCCCACUUGGUGCCACCAUCUCACAGGAAACCUUUCCAGACAGCAGAGUGACAAAUAAAGGGAGAAGAAUGAGGGGUUUGGAAAUCGUUCAACAAAUAUGUUGAAACCACCAAAAUUUGAAAUUAGACUUAGAUCAUUAAACCUCACAGCACAUUUCACACAAGUUACUGAAAUUAGAAGCGCAGUAGCAGGAAAAACAUUCAUGUAGCUGUUCCUGCUGACCUUCACUCAGACAUGCUUAUCACAAGUGCCUUGUAUAGAUCUGUCCUAAGGUGAAAAUGUUUUCUGUAGUCCUGCUUCCAUGUCUUGCUGGCUCUAGAAACAUAAAGCAGAAAAGACCAUGUAUAAAAAUCACUGAUCGUCACCCAAUCUAAAUACUUACCAACCACAAGUUUCUCCAAAUAAUUUUUAAUAGUGCAAGGAAGCUCUAAAUAUUAAAUUCACCUGCCUAUGCAAGGAACAUUUUCUGUGCUAAAAGAGACUUCAGGCAUGGAGUGAAUGUCAGCAUCUCUAUAGUUUAAGAAAAGGCUGAUAUAAAAGGAAAUGUUAUUUUUGUUCUUUUUCUUAUUUAAUAAGGGGU